AUGGAGCUGACCGUGGCUGAGGUCUCUGGCCUCAUCGCCGCCGGGAACUUUGUGCUGCAAAUUCUGAUCCCGCUGGCCAUUCCAUGGGCUCUAAGUGCAUUUCUGUCGCAGGAAAACUCUGUCAUUACAUGGACCAUUCUCGCGCGCUUCUUCCACUCCUCUCUCUGGCCCAGCAUUCUUGGGAUCAGCUCCACAGAGACAGCCGGUGUGCCAUGGCGCAUUUACCUAACAUCCUGGGGCCAAGUAGGCCUGCUAUUCCUUCUAUCGGUCGCGGCCAUUUGCUCGCCAUUGGGACUCUACUCAUCGAUUGAACCCGCCAGUUCAGCCACCGAGAAGCAAUUCUCCUAUAUUGCUGACAGAUCGGCAUUUAGGUAUGGAACCCCCUUACGGAGUGAAGGGCCAUUCACACGGUUUUGUGGGACCGAGAGUCCCUGCCCUGGGACAACGAUCACCCAGACCUGUGCGACUCGAGGACUGUCAGAGGUUUGUAAUGACACGGUCUAUGAGAGCAGAAUACCCGAAGAUCUAGCCAGUGUGUUUAAGGAUGGGGCAGCGGCAGUGGGUCCGACUGUGGCCAGUAUAUUCGACAUGCAGUACCGAAUGUACAGGAACUCGACAGACCAAAAUAGCGAAUUGGGCUGGUACACAAAGCCCGACUACCGGACUAUGUCUGUGCAGAUCCUCGAGGACAAAAUCAAGUUGGUAGAGGGCUUGAUUACGGAUCUCCAGGAUGGAGGGAUUGGGUUUCGAAACCACACUGCGCCAAAAGCAACCCUAAAGUACGGCGCAUCCUGGACGGAGGAUAUUCUCUUCAUCGAGCCAGAGACGGAAUGUGUGCCAUUGAACCUGAGUAUUCAUGCGAUAACACCACCGUCGAACUUUAACGGACGGUUUCUGGAGAACUUUUCGCUCGUGGACGAUGGUGGCUUUGCGGAUCUAUCACGGACAGCGCCCCCCGGGAGCACUGCAACUGCCAUUGAACAGGGUGAACUCGAUCUGAAAGACCGGGCAUACAGGGCUGCUUGGCUGAAUAACCACUAUACGAUGGUAUUCUUGAAUAUCACCGAUGGUGACUCGCAGACUCAAACCCGGGUGGACUCAGUCCACGGCCAGCGAAUCGAUCUAGGGGAUGGGAAGAACAACAACUUCAGUAUCACCUUUUCAGCAAUCCAAACCAAUCUUAAUUAUGGGGCGUACCUCAAUUUCACUGCAACACAGAACAGGACAUUCAAUCCGCAUAACGUUACAGCUCUGGAUUUCAGAACCGCAUCAACAAUAUGCGGCGGCACAACAAAUUCAAGCCCGUCCAACGUCAACAGUACGCUGGUUGCCUGCGGUCUCGUACUCGGCGCUGCCACGCGAACCGAUGGAGGCGAUAAUAGGAUCCUGGAUCCUGGCACGCCGUGGACCAUCCCGCUGUACUCCUGCGCCACAGCAAUAAAAGCACUUGUCAAGACAGUCGAGUUCCAAUAUAACGGAACGGGGUUCGACGCACUAAAAGUGAGCUCAUUCAAGCCCAAGGAGUAUAAAACCCCGGCCUCCCUGCCUACCUGGGGCGUCGAGGACCUACCAGAGCACGAUAUCGACACAGCUCCGCCGAUGUGGGGGCUCCUUAGCCCUAACCCAAACGUAACUGCACUCACCCACUACAAUAUCACGACCAUCUCUGCUGCGAGUAUACACCUCCCAGGCUACAUGACCCCGGAGUACCCGCUACUGCGCGGACUCAACUCUGUUCCCUUGGGCAGCGGGCAGAAUCUCCCCGGUGUAGACUUCUAUAACCAAGCUCUUAUGACGGCAUACACUGUUGGCGCGCAAGGAUUCGAAAAUCCGGAAGCUGAUUAUUCUGGCGGGCACAGCUUAGCGCUAUAUGCUAAGUGGCAGGGGCUAAGUAAAACGGUCGAUGGAGCAGCGAAAAUUAUCGACCUCGUCUGGACGGAUGUCGCAACGAAUGCUGUCGUAGGGACAGCGGGAUGGGGACUGACGGCCUCCCCUUCGUCAGCGGCAGAUGGGGACCAGAGCUCAAAGAGUGAGAGUAAAAACGUCAAUGUUCCAGUCUUCGUGUACGGCAGCCACAUUCGAUAUCGAAUACCAUGGGCUAUCCCGGCGUUUGUGACACUGGGAAUCACGGCAAUGUUGCUAGCCUUGCUCAUGACGAUGCUAGUUACCAGGAGAACCGGGUUCGAGAGAUUGAGAUCGAUACUUGAGUCGACAACUCUAGGACGGGUACUUGCGCCGUUAAUUCCUGCGCCUGAUCAUGGCCAUGGUCUCGGUGAGGGUGCGGACGUCGAGAUAACUGGUCCUGGGGACUGGGUUCGAAUGGUAGGUAGGCGCAAGGUUCUGAUUACGCCGGAGGUUGUUUCUGUGAAUGGGACUGUGCUGGAAGAUAAAAUGGAGAGCAUCCAGAUGUCUGCUGGACAAAAACAGCAAUUCCAGCCGGGGCCAGUGGCGGAUGUUGAUGCUGAUGCUAAUGCGGAUGUGAUCUCGCCCCUGUAUCCAGAUAAAGUAUAUGAUAGCUAG